AUGUCACGUGUGCCAUGUGGCCGAAUAUGUCAUCAGGAAAGAAUGGAGGUAAUACUGCACAGUUAUGCAUGUGGAUCAUUCGGUUUAGUUGUACAUGAUCAAAUUUCAAAAUCGAAUUUACCUCAACCAAUACGUCAACCACUUUUUAUUUCAUAUAUGGAAAAAAAUUCACCUGCCGAAAGAAGUGGAGUAUUGCAAGUUGGUGAUCGUAUCAUUGCAAUCAAUAAUUGGUGUAGCAUAAAUGGUACCGCCGAAGAAGGAAAUCAAAUACUAAGGCAAGCAACAAGCCCGUUGAAAUUAUUCGUUGAAUUUGAUGUAAUUGAAAGUGCUUUACCAUGCGAUGGAGUUUUUGAUGUAAAAUUGGCAAAAAGAGGAAAUAAUCUUGGUAUUAUGGUUAGAAGUGAAGCAAAAAAUACGAAGGGUGAACCAGUUAUCAUAUCAGAUGUGCAAGUUGGAAGCGUUGCUUAUCGUUGUGGAUCUCUUCAUAGUGGUGAUCGUAUUUUAGCAGUUGAUAAUAUUCUCUUAGAAUCAUGUACCGUUGAGGAAGCAAUGCGUUUAUUGCAACAUUCCUGUGAUAUUGUUAAAUUACGAGUUCGUAAAGGUGUUACUUCUAAACAGGAAAAUCAUGAUGCAGUGCAAUCCUUAAUUUAUUCCAUCGAAUUAAAUCGAAAUGGUGGACCACUUGGAAUAACGAUUGCAUCCAGUGGUGAACGUUAUGAACCUGUAUUAAUAUCAUAUCUUGCACCAGGUGGAUUAGCUGAAAAGACAGGAGCGAUACGUAUUGGUGAUCGAAUCCUUGCAAUAAACAAUGAAUCAGUUGAAGGUAUGAAAGCAGCUGAUGUAAUGCAUUUAUUACAACAAUGUACUGAUCUUGUUACAAUCAAAAUUAUGCGAUUUUUUGAUCCAUCAACAGCUCAUUCAACAGGUUCAUGGCAUUUAUCAAAUUCAUCACAAGCGGAUAGGAUUCGAUUACAACAUAAUAUAGCAAUGUCCGAUUCAUACAGUGAAACUUCGGAAAAAAUAAGUACACCAAUUCAAAGUAUCGAUAGCGCUGUGGAAAGUUUGGAUGAUUCACCGGGUAAUAUACCAAAAUAUCACAGUGGUACACAACGAUAUGUAGUCGAUGAACAAGUACCCAAUACUUCAUUAAAUUAUGUUGAAGAGCCAAUUGAUUACGAGAGGACAACUUAUCAUAGCGGACAUUCAUCCAGAUUAUCCGGUCCAUUUAGCGGUGAUUCACGGAAAAAGCCUGGUGUAUGUUGGAUGGAGCAAGGUAAUGGCGAAGGACAAUGGGAAAAGAAUUUAAACUUACCAACAAAUAAAUCACUUUCACAGCAAUGUAAUUGUCAUAAAAAUAAAAAUUCAGAACCGGAAAAUUGGAUUGAAAUAUUAGAAGCACUUGAAACAGUUGGUGAAUUAGCAAUGCUUCAAAAAUUAGAAGAAUGCACAAGUGGCAGUAGUGGUGGUAAUGGUUCGAAGACGACAUCAUAUAAUAAUCCUGUCAUAACCAGGUUAUCUUGUGGUGAUCCUAUUGGACGACAGCUGUGUCCAUUUGCUUCAUCAACAGGUGUAUUAGCUCAUCCGGUGCUAUCAUCUUCCGUAAAUCCAAAAUUCUCAAAACCCGAAACACAACAAACCCAAUAUUCUAGCAAUGAUCGAAUAGAUUUGUUAAAUCUUUCAAAUGAUUCUCAAACAAGUGCAUCACUUGGUGAUAUACCAUAUCAUAAAGUACCACCAAAACCACCUCGUUACGGUAUCAGUGAUAUACAUGCUCUAUCCGUUUUAUCAGAACCAUCAAAUGCUAGGAGUAGUGUUUCAAGUAGUGUAUCUCGGCAUUCAAAGCACGAAUUAUCCAAGUCAAAAAAUGUCAGAUUAUCACCACGAUCUACAGCACUUGUACUUCAUGAACUUAGUAGUAAAACAUUUACGCCUACUGCAAGCGGUACAACUCACCAAGUACGAUUACGCAAAGAUCCAUCAACGAAUAGUUUUGGAUUUAGUGUAUCAGAUGGUAUUGGUGAUAAUGCUGGAGUUUUUAUUAAUGAAAUUUUACCAGGUGGUCCAGCAGAUCGAUGUGGACAAAUUUUACCAUAUGAUAAAAUUUUACAGAUAAACGACACAUCGCUGCAAUAUUUGGAUUGCGAUCUUGCUCUACCUUUACUUCAGGUGGAUGAGAUUGAAAUGGUACUUUACCGUGAAGCUGAUCCAUCCACAAAUAUCGUAGAAGAUGAAGAUGACAACGAAAGCUACCGUAAUACCGUCAAUUUAAGCUUACGUUAUUCAGCCGUAUAA